UUAUAUUAGCAUGAGAUAUUGCACUUUCACACAAAAGAAGAAAUAUAGUAUUGUUUCAUCUCUGGAACUUGAAAUAAUCAUAAUAAUAAUGCAAGACUUCAUCUCAACUUCUUCUUCUUUUUCUUCAACUUCACUACUUCAAAAGCGCCUUCAUUAUAUAAUCCACAAUCGUCAAGAAUGGUGGGUUUAUGGCAUAUUUUGGCAAGCGUCGAAAGACGCAAAUGGUCGUCUUAUUUUCUCGUGGGGGGACGGCCAUUUCCGCGAUUUAGCGCUGGCCAAAGUCCAUAACGCUAAUGUUAGCGAUAUGGAAAUGUUUUAUGCGGUGUCAGCGCCAAAUUGUUUUUUGUCGGAGGACGACCUAAUCGUCCACGCUUAUAAUUCUGGUUCCUAUGUUUGGCUUAAUAAUUACUACGAAUUACAAAUUUAUAAUUACGAUAGAGCUAAAGAAGCUCACUUGCACGGUAUUCGGACUCUGCUUUGUAUUUCUACUCCUCAUGGUGUUGUUGAAUUGGGUUCCUCUCAAGUUAUCCAAGAAAAUUUGGAAUUAGUCCAAUUAAUAAAGUCAUUAUUUGGACAAAUUAAUGAUCAUGGUUUUAAUUUUGUUCCUUUAGGAGAUCCUAUGGAUACGAAAACAAUAACUAUGGGGUCCGAUUCAGGAAAUUCGGAUGAGUCUUCGGCUAUGAAUAAGGAUUCACCUAAAAAACGAGCAAGAAAAUCCACAACAGCGAAAAAUCAUGUUGAAGCAGAAAGGCAGAGACGGGAAAAGCUGAAUCAUCGGUUCUAUGCUCUAAGGAGUGUGGUCCCUAACGUGUCUAAAAUGGACAAAGCUUCUUUGUUAGCUGAUGCGGUUACUUAUAUUAAUGAGCUCAAAGCCAAAGUGGAAGAACUCAAGGCUAAAAUUGAGGUGUCAACUAAAAAAUUAAUUCAGAAGAGAAACUGCGUAUCAUCAUCUGCAGUAGUUGAUGGUACGAAUAUUAAUAUUAAUAUUAAUUCAUCGUUCGUGGACGGAAUGGAGGUGGAGGUGAAAAUUAUUGGAGUUGAAGCUAUGAUUCGGGUGCGUUCACCGAAUGUGAACUAUCCAUGUGCGAGAUUGAUGAACGUUUUACGAGAGUUAGAGUUUCAGAUUCACCAUGCAACCGUUUCAAGUAUGAAGGAGAUGAUGCAACAAGAUGUUGUCAUUAGGGUUCCUCAUAAUGUCACUAAUGAAGAAGCCAUCAAAUCUGUUAUCCUCACAAAGUUAAGUUUUGCUUAGCUUACAUUUCAUUUGAUAUAUAAAUAUUACUCGUAUACUAUAAUUUCAUUGUCAUAUCAAGUGUUUCUAAUAUAUAUGAAGGACACACACACAUAUAUAUAUAUAUAUAUCGUACGUCUUCUUAUUGAUCAGGUGAAUGUUGUAUCAAAUAUAAUCUACUACUUUUAAGUUAAAGCUACUUAAUUUGUUUUUUUUCCUUUUCAAUGUUUAUUUAGACCAAACAUCUCUAAUUAGCUUAUUUUAGACUUCACGAAGCCAGUUGACAAACCUUUGUAAAGUUCAAAUCAGUUUUUUUUUUUACAUGACGGGGUGCUGUUUCUUUCUCUUUAUUGAUCAGUACUACUCCCUCAGUGCAUUUCAACUUUUUUUUGUCAUUUUCAAAUUCUGUCCUUACAGAUUAGACUAAACUAACCACCCAAUGAUCAUUUCAUGAACUAAUUCAUUGACCAGCUCCAACUAGUACUUGUAUUUUUACAUCUUUCUUUUUUUUUUUUGGUCAAAAUGGCAUCUAAAAGAUCCAGUUCCAUAGCCAUAUUAUUGCUCCUUUUCCUUACGAGACCUGUGUGUAGUAGAUUCAUGGAAAACCUUAAAUUCUUACUUCCAUGGUGAAUGUCAAAAAGGCAACAUCAGCCCUAGUGGGAGCUCCAGCUAGCAGAGGAAUUUGUGUGACAUUGGCUGGUCAAAAUUAAUAUAUAUUCCGGAGAUUGAGUUGUAUUUGAUGAUCCAAUUACUUUGGAUAAUUAACAAUGUUCAUUCAAAUCCACUUGGAAGCAGGGGCCGACCUACAGUGGUGCAAGUCGAUUCAUUUUUGUUGAAAAAUAACAUCGUAUAUACAUGUAUAUUUAAUCAGUUUUUAAAAUUUAUAUAUAUA